GAGAUAGGUGGUGCAUGAGAGAGGAGAUGGUUGGUGCAUAAAGAGUAGAUAGGUGGUGCAUGAGAGAGGAAAUCGGUGGUGCAUAAAGAGGAGAUAGGUGGUGCAUGAAGAGGAGAUAGUUGGCGCAUAAAGAGGAGAUAGGUGGGGCAUGAAGAGGAGAUAGUUGGUGCAUAAAGAGGAGCUAGGUGGGGCAUGAAGAAGAGAUCGGUGGUGCAUGAAGAGGAGAUAGGUGGGGCAUGAAGAGGAGAUAAAUGGGGCAUGAAGAGGAGAUAGGUGGUGCAUGAGAGGAACACACAGCAUCUGUUGACUGGCAUCUUCUGAAGACUGAAACCGACAAGCAGAUAUCAUGGACAACAUCACAACAGUGAUGCUUCUUCAUCACCUCUCCAGAGACCAGCAGGUCCUGCCUCUGUCCCAGGUCUCCCUACCGGCGCAGGAGGUCUACCCCUUCCACGACAGCUGGAACGUGGCCUGCUUCGUCAUCCUGCUGCUCUUCAUCCUCACCAUCUUGUCUUUGGCGGCCUUGGCCGUGCUCUACGAGCUCCUGGACUGCGGCUGCUGCGCCAAAGGAAAGACGCGCCAACAAGUGCAGGAGGAAGGUCCAGGAAACUGCAGCCAUAUGAUGAGCAGCAUGUGCAAGGAGCCUGACUCCCACACGGAGGUGGUAUAGUACUGAUGAGCAGCACAUGCAAGGAGCCAGACUCCCACACGGAGGUGGUGUAGAACUGAUGAGCAGCACAUGCAAGGAGCCAGACUCCCAAACGUAGGUGGUGUAGAACUGAUGAGCAGCACAUGCAAGGAGCCAGACUCCCACACGGACGGGGUGUAGAACUGAUGAGCAGCACAUGCAAGGAGCCAGACUCCCACACGGAGGUGGUGUAGAACUGAUGAGCAGCACGUGCAAGGAACGACUCCCACAUGGAGGUGGUAUAGAAGCAUGGAGAAAGACAAUGGAGGCUAAUUCCUUCUGAAGCAGAACCUCCCUCAGAGGAGACUGCCCUCACAGCUCAGAACACACUGAUGAAGCAGGCAAGAUGAGGCUGGACCGAGGCACAUCUCCCCCAGCACGGAGCAAGUUGUCCAAAUACCUUUUUAGUCAGGACUUUUUUUAAUGCGCGUUCACCACCACUUUGAACACACGCCUCAAACUCAAGACCUGGGGGCCAAACCCGCAGUUUGCUACAUGUUCACUAUUAUACAUCUAUAUAGUCACUAUUACACAUCUAUAUGUUCAAUAUUACAGAUCUACAUGUUCACUAUUGUACAUCUAUAUAUUCACUAUUACACAUCUACAUGUCCACUAUUAUACAUCUAUAUAUUCACUAUUACACAUAUAUAUAUUCACUAUUACACAUCUAUAUGUUCACCAUUACACAUCUAUAUGUUCACCAUUAUACAUCUAUAUAUUCACUAUUACACAUCUAUAUGUUCACUAUCACACAUAUGUAUUCACUAUUAUACAUUUAUAUAUUCACUAUUAUAGAUCUCUAUAUAUUCACUUCUAUACAUAUAUAUGUUCAUGAUUAAACAUCUACCGUAUAUGUUCACAAUUAUAAAUCUAUAUAUUCACUAUUAUACACCUAUAUAGUCACUAUUAUGCAUCUAUAUAGUCACUUUUAUACAUAUAUAUAUUCAAUAUUAUACAUCCAUGUAUUCACUAUUAUACAUCUAUAUAUUUACUAUUAUACUUCCAUACGCUCACUAUUAUACAGCUAUAUGUUCACAAUUAUACAUCAAUAUAUUUACUAUUAUACAUAUAUAUUCACUAUUAUACAUAUAUAUGCUCACUAUUAUACAUCUAUAUGUUCACUAUUAUACAUCUGCUGUGUAUGUUCACUAUUAAAGAUCGAUAUAUUCACUAUUAUACAUAUGGAUGUAUAAUAGUGAACAUAUAGAUAUAUGUUCACUAUUAUACAUCCAUAUGUUCACUAUUAUACAUCCACUGUAUAUGUUCAGUAUUAUACAUCUAUAUGGUCACUAUUAUACAUCCACUGUAUAUGUUCACUAUUAUACCAUUAUAUGUUUACUAUUAUACAUCGAUCUGCUCACUAUUAUACAGCUAUAUGUUCACUAUUGUACAUCUAUAUAUUCACUAGGUGUGUAACGGUAGGUGUAUUUGUAUUGAACCGUUUCGGUAUGGGGGUUUCGGUUCAGUGCGGAAACAAGUUUCCACACGAACAUAUGAGGUAGCGUAUUCAGAGUAGGGUUGUCCCGAUCCGAUAUUUGGAUCGGAUCGGUCGCCAAUAUUUGCCAAAAAAUGCGUAUCGGCAAGGCAUGGGAAAAUGCCGAUCCAGAUCCAGUUUUUAAAAAAAACUCCCUGUCCGUGUUUUCCAACGCACCGAUUUAAAUAAUACAUUCCCCUCUUCUACUGCUCCCUACAUUCCAUUCCGCAUUUUCCAGCACACCUUCAAAACAUCCACAAGUCUGUGUUGUAACCGUUCAGACGGCCGUGUGAAUUAAAAGUUACGGUAAAAAUGUCAGCUGUGUGGUAUUAUUUUACCCUACAAAACAAAAAAAGAUGAAGAGGUGGAGUGUAAAACAUGCCACAAUAAAGUCAAGCGUGGUGGUAAAGUUGUAAGACAUUUUGAUGACUCUUUAGAGUGAGAGGCUUUUUAGCACUCAUCAUUGAUGAACACAGGAGCAGGCUGACACCUGAGCAUCUUAAAGUGCUCGUCUUUGUUAGAAAGAAUCUCCCCAUUAUGCUUGGACUUCAAUUUUCCCCCCUGACUGGGGCAAACAAUUGAAGGGAGUGUGUAGAUAUAUAUUUUUUUUAAGUUUACACUUGUUCAAGAGCAAGUAUUGAUGCUAAGUUAUACACAUUCUAUCCCACUCAGGUUGUUUGUGUGUUUUGCUUUUUUUUUACUAAUGUUUACAGCAUUAUUUGCACUUCAUACUGUUCACUUUGUUACUGUUUAAUGAUGCCAUUUCUGUUUGUCAUGUAUAAUUUUUGAUAUUUUGUGUUUAUCUUUGAAUACCAACUAUUGUGUAUUAUUCAAACUCACCUAAUUCAGCUGGCUAUUUGUUAUCAAGAGUACUAAAAUCCUGUCCAGCAUAAAUCUGACAACUAGGUAGGCUAAAUACCUUUAAACUUUAAUACAUGCUCGGAUAGGCCAGUAUCGGUAUCGGAUCGGAAGUGCAAAAAUAUCGGUAUCGGAUCGGAAGUGCAAAAACCUGGAUCGGGACAUCCCUAAUUCAGAGCGGUAACAACCAAUCAGCAGUGUGUAUUCAGAGUGCAUGUAGUCAGCGCUAGGGUUGUCCAGAUCCGAUAUUUGGAUCUGAUCGGCCGCCGAUAUUUGCCAAAAAUGCUUAUCGGCAAGGCAUGGGAAAAUGCCGAUCCAGAUCCAGUUUUAAAAAAAAAUGCGGUCUGUGUUUUCCAACGCACCGAUUUAAAUAAUACAUUUCACUCUUCUGCUGCUCCCUACGCUCCGUUCCGCAUUUUCCAGCACACCUUCAACACAUCCACAGGUCUGUGUUCUAACCGUUAAGACGGCCGUGUGAAUUAAAUUUUACGGUAAAAACGUCAGAUGUGUGGGAUUAUGUUACCCUACAAAAAGAAAAAGAUGAAGAGGUGGAGUGCAAAACAUGCCACAAUAAAGUGAAGCGUGGUGGUAAAGUUGUAAGACAUUUUAAUGACUCUUGAGAGUGAGAGGCUUUUUAGCACUCAUCAUUGAUGAACACAGGAGCAGGCUGACACCUGAGCAUCUUGAAGUGCUCGUCUUUGUUAGAAAGAAUCUCCCCAUUACGCUUGGACUUCAAUGUUUGCCCCCCCUAAAGGGGGGAAACAAUUGAAGGGAGUGUGUAGAUAGUUUGUUUUUUUUAAGUUUACACUUGUUCAAGAGCAAGUAUUGAUGCUGAGUUAUAGACAUUUUAUCCCACUCAGGUUGUUUGUGUGUUUUGCUUUUUUUUAAUAAUGUUUACAGCAUUAUUUGCACUUUACACUGUUCACGUUUUUACUGUUUAAUGAUGCCAUUUCUGUUUGUCAUGUAUAAUUUUGUCUAUUUUGUGUUUAUCCUUGAAUACCAACCAUUGUGUAUUAUUCAAACUUACCUAAUUCAGCUGGCUAGUUGCUAUCAAGAGUACUAAAACCCUUUUCAACAUGAAUCUGACAACUAAGUAGGCUAAAUAACUUUAAACUUUAAUACAUACUCGGAUAGGCCAGUAUCGGCUAGUAUUGGUAUCGGAUCGGAAGUGCAAAAACAAUAUCGGUAUCGGAUCGGAAGUGCAAAAACCUGGAUCGGGACAUCCCCAGUCAGCGCUUCAGCGUCGAGCAGAUAGGUGUUUAGCAGGUGAGCAUAAGACUGCGUACUCUCCCCAAAUGAUAAUAAACAUUUACCAGUCAACUACUACUAACAUCACUAUGAGCCCGUUGGCGUUCUAGAAACAAACUGCAGCUCGGCUCACUUGCAGUCCUGGGUUGAGGUGAAGGCUAAUUAGCUUUUAGCGUAAUGUUAGCUCAUUUUGCAGUGUGUGUGUGUGUGUUUGUGCGUGUGUGUGUUACAGACAGUGUUGAUUGAGCUGUGUUGAAGCAGCAAAAAAGGACAUGAUGUUAAAUGAAGAGUCAUAGUUGAUAUAAUAAUGUUAGUGCAUCAUUAAGCCUACAUGAACUCCAUGGUGUUCAGGGAUGAAUAGUCUCUCCUAUUGCAAUUGUACUAUUUUUUCAGCUAUAGUUACAUUAAUCAUUAGUAAUGUAGCAGCCUAGUUUUGAAUGGCAGGGUCCCUGCUAUCACAUGUUGACAAAAAUAUAACAUUUACAUAAUAAAAAUCAGCUACAGGCUUCCCAAAUACUGUAAUAAAUUAAGCAUGAUGAGUUGACUUGAGACUGUUUAAUGUUGUACUUUUUUUAUGUAGAAGAACAUUUUUGUCAUUUCAUUUAUUCUAAGCAACAACUUAUAUGUAGAAGAAAUGUUUUGUCAUUUCAUUUAUUCUAAGCAACAAUUUGAUGGCAGAGUAAUGUGGAUUAACGUUGGCAGAAUUACUAUAGUGUUCCCAUUGUUAAAAGGAUAAAGCCAUUGUUCACACAUUUGGUAAAUAAAUGACCCAAAAAUUUA